AUGUAUGUGAAAUGGUUUGAUACAGUAAUGUUUUACUAUGUGAUUUUAGUGUAUUUAGUGAAUGUCACUUUUUGUCAUUUUCAAAUUUCCCGCCGUUCCAUCCCCGUACGUCCCGACGCUCGCAGGGGACGGAACCCAGAUGACAGAUGCCAGCAUCCGCCGGAAGACAUUACAGGGGACACUGCAGGAGGGACAUUGCGGGAGCGCAGGACAAGGUAAGAGAAGAACAGAUCCCGGAGCAGCACAGCACGGUAAGCCCGAGUGUAGCUCGGGGUUACCGCUUGUGUUACACUCGGGAAUAACCGCCAGGGAGGCUACG